AUGGAAAAUCUAUUACGGGGAAGUUCAAUGCCCAAAAGCAGAGUGCAGAUUGCGAUAUGGACGAUUGAGCUCCUCCUUAUGUUCGCCGGAAUCAUCUCCACCUUCCUUUUAGUCAAGGCGGCGGUGAUUCCAUACACGGCGGCGAUGGUGGUGUCUACUCUUCCGAGUCUCUGGGUCUCAUUCAGGACCUGGUUGUCUCCGCCAUACAUAUACAUCAUCCUUAAUUUCAUCAUCAUCUUCAUUGCUGCUUCCUCUACUUUCCACCACCGGAAUCGCCAUAGCCCCCUGCUUGACGUAGACGAUGAUUAUAAUUCACAGGGUAUUCCACCACCACCAAAACAGAACAACGAAAUCCACGACCGGAAAGCACCAAACACCACCACCACCACCACAAGUUUCUCAGAGAAAGCUGAUCUUACCCACCAAACCUGGCGCGAUAUGCAAGACCAGAACUGGGUUGAACCACCACCACCACCACGGCGAAUCAACGAUUGGCGAUAUCACAGAAAGAUUAUCUUCUUAUCAUCAAAUGGUUGGCGAUUGGAUUGAGAAUCGUCAAUUUAAUUUUAGUAUUAUUUAGUUGAUUUAAUCUAUUACGAUUAUUAGAUUUAUAAAUUCAAACUAAUGUUGAGCCCAACUUCAAUCUAAUACUAGUGUUUGAUUAGUGAGAAAAUUAAACUAGGACGUCUAAUAAGUAUAUUGA